ACGGCGGAGCUUUCGGCCAGCGAUGGCGGAGGAGCCGGACCAGGAGGGCUCGGAGGCUGGGAGCGAAGAGGUGGUGCUGACCCCGGCCCAGCUCAUCCGCAGCCUGGAACAGGCCUGGAUGAAUGAGAAGUUUGCCCCAGAGUUGCUGGAGAGCAAGUCAGAGAUUGUCGAAUGUGUUGUGGAGCAGCUGGAACACAUGGAAGAGAACCUGGGACGUGCCAAGGGAGGCGAUCUGAAAGUUGGCAUUCACCGCAUGGAGGUCGAGAGGAUCCGCUACGUCCUCAGUAGCUAUUUGCGCUGCCGGCUCCGAAAGAUUGAGAAAUAUUUCCCCCACAUCUUGGAGAAGGAGAAGACUCGGGCCGAGGGGGACCCAUCCAUCCUUUCCCCGGAAGAGUUUGCCUUUGCUAAAGAGUACAUGGCAAACACUGAGGCACAUUUCCGGAAUAUGGCUCUGAAGCACAUGCCUCCCAACCUGCAGAAGGUGGACCUUCUGAAGGCAGUUGCCAAACCGAACCUGGACUCCUUUGUGUUCCUGCGGGUGAAGGAGAGGCAGGAGAACAUCUUGGUGGAGCCGGAGACAGAUGAGCAAAGAGAAUAUGUGAUUGACCUGGAUGAAGACUCUCAGCACCUGAUCCGGUACAAAACGAUUGCUCCUUUAGUGGCUUCGGGGGCAGUUAAUCUCAUUUAAACAUCAUGGAAACCCCUGCGCAUUCCGCAAGUGCCAAGCCGAAGGACCACCAGGGCUGCUUUGCUCACAGGCACACACCAUCCCUAUGAAACUUGCCCAGAUGGCUGCAAAGAAGACGACUUUGUUGUCAUCAAAGAAAGGAUGGUGGGUGGGGGAGAGGCUGACCUUUGGCGAGGCUAGAGAAGCACAUCCAGUGUUCUGUUGGAUAUCCAGCAGGUGGCAGUGCUACACCACAACCAUUUUGCACAAGGCUGUCAAGUUCUACAAACCGGCUCCGUAUGAGUGCCUUCUCACCAGUGCAAGCAGGUGUUGGUGAAUUGUGCUUGUUCCUGUGCAUGGUAUUGUGAUGUCUGGGCCUUCCUUACCUUGCUAUAUGAACGUUGUUGCUUUCCAUGUCCUUUCACACAUGCAGCAACAACAAAAUAUCAGCUGCCACUUGCAUGCCACAAAAAGUUGCUGGAAUGCCUCCAGAAACAAAGGACCAUAGGUGCAUUAUUUGCAGGCCCUGUGUUUGCUUUUAUAAAUAAGUUUAAAGUAAUAAACAGUGUUCUCCAUUUUUAAAUGUCCAAUGUGCCUCCCAGUAUCAGUCAUUAAACGUGUGCAUGUAAAAUAUACCAAACUGCUCAUUACAGAGUUGUAAUGAUUUCUAAUUAAAGGCUGCUGCUGAUUUAAAACAGCAGUAAAAGACCAGAUGCUGUUCUUCCCUCAUCCCUGUCAAUAAAGCUGCUGUGGUGAAGGGAACUAUGGAGUCAAGGUGCCCCUACGGAAAAGGCCCUCUCUUUGGUUGCCAGUCACCUGAGAGGUGAGGACACAGAGUUAGCCUCUGUAGAAUGUCUUAACUGGUGGGCAAGUUGCAAAGGCCAUACACACACACACAUAUUACCAGUGAGCACUGUCACAAAAAAAGCCCUAGUCUGACUCAGUAAAAGGCAGGACUUCUUCUACUAUUGUUCAGCACUACUGCUGCCUUCCUCUUCUGAAGGAAUGUGCCUUUGGCCUCUUGCCUCUUCUGCAGCAACAUGAAGAGAAUCCAGCCUGCUCUUCUCUUGCACUGUACCCUGUCCCUA